CAGGCUGCUGUCCACCGGCCCAGGUGCUGAAGACCUCCGCCUUGGGACAGCCCAGCCCCCGGGGAGAACUGGCCUCGCACCCAGGCGGAUUGCGGCGGGGACCGGCACUGCAUCCGGAGCGGGAUGAGCGGAGGGGUCUACGGAGGAGACGAGGUUGGGGCCCUGGUCUUCGACAUCGGCUCCUUCUCCGUGCGGGCUGGCUAUGCGGGAGAAGACUGCCCCAAGGCGGACUUCCCCACGACGGUGGGCUUGCUCUCGCACGACGAGUCGGCCAUGGAGCUGGAUGGCGACAAAGAGACCAGAUCCGGGAAGGUGUAUUACAUCGACACCAACUCUUUGCACGUGCCGCGGGAGAACACGGAGAUCAUCUCGCCCCUCAAGAACGGGAUGAUUGAAGACUGGGGGUGCUUCCAAGCCAUCCUGGACCACACUUACAACAAGCACAUCAAAUCGGAGGCCAACCUCCACCCUGUCCUCAUGUCGGAGGCCCCGUGGAACACGCGGGCCAAGCGGGAGAAGCUGACGGAGCUGAUGUUCGAGCACUACGGCAUCCCGGCGUUCUUCCUCUGCAAGACAGCGGUCCUCACAGCUUUUGCCAACGGGCGCAGCACCGGCCUCGUCCUUGACAGCGGGGCAACACACACCACAGCCAUCCCGGUCCAUGACGGCUACAUCCUUCAGCAAGGAAUCGUGAAAUCACCCCUGGCCGGCGACUUCAUCUCCAUGCAAUGCCGCGAACUCUUCCAAGAGAUGAAUAUCGAAAUUGUUCCGCCGUAUAUGAUUUCGGCCAAGGAAGCCGUGCGUGAAGGAGCCCCGCCCAACUGGAAGAAGAAGGAGAAGCUGCCGCAAGUCAGCAAGUCCUGGCACAGCUACACGUGCAACGAGGUUAUACAGGACUUCCAGGCCUCCGUCCUGCAAGUUUCAGAUUCUCCAUAUGAUGAGCAGGUGGCUGCGCAGAUGCCUACGGUCCACUACGAGAUGCCCAAUGGCUACAAUACAGACUACGGGGCAGAGCGCCUGCGGAUCCCAGAGGGGCUUUUCGACCCCUCCAAUGUGAAGGGCCUGUCUGGGAACACCAUGCUGGGCGUCGGCCACGUGGUCACCACGAGCAUCGGGAUGUGUGACAUUGACAUCCGCCCGGGCUUGUACGGCAGCGUCAUCGUCACCGGAGGAAACACUUUGCUGCAGGGAUUCACCGAUCGGCUCAACCGGGAACUGUCUCAGAAGACACCCCCGAGCAUGCGCCUGAAGCUCAUUGCCAGCAACAGCACCAUGGAACGACGGUUCAGCCCUUGGAUCGGUGGCUCCAUCUUGGCUUCUCUAGGCACCUUUCAGCAGAUGUGGAUUUCCAAACAGGAGUACGAAGAAGGGGGCAAACAGUGCGUGGAGAGGAAAUGCCCCUGAAGAUGCAGCCCUGCC